AAGAGCCAAUUGUGUUCUGGGCUGACCCGGAAGAGCACCCGUUCAGAAACGAGCGCCUGGAUUCAAUUUGGUAACUGCCAAAAUAAUCUUGCGCUGUUAAUGUGAGUGAACACCUCUCCACCCCGACAGCAAUGAGUGUUCAUCUGAAACACGUGGGACCAGCCGACACCGUGCAGGAGCAGAGAGAUCGCUGGCAGAGGAAGCGAAACCGCGCUGCUCGCGAGCUUGCUGAGACCGAACAGAGAUAUUGUGAAAAACUGGAGCUGGUGACAAUGUAUUUUGUUGAGAUUUUAAAAGCGAAGGGAACCCUGAGGCAGGACAUUAGAGAAAGCAUCUUCAGCUCAAUUAAAUCCAUUCAUUCAGUAAACCAGACAUUGCUGGCCUAUUUGGAAGAGGGGAAGUUUGGACUGGGCUUUGAAACUUUCUGCCCUCAUCUGCAUUUUUACAUCACCUUUGUGGACAACAUUGAGACGGCCUUCAAAGUUCUUCAGGUGCAGGUGAAAAAAAACAAGGCUUUUGCUCGUUUUAAGAAGAUCCAGGAGGCCAGGCCUGAGUUCAGAGGUUUAAAACUGGAAGAACUGCUCAACUUGCCCUUACAGCGUAUUCAUCAGUACAAGCAUUUUUUACGGGACUUAACAGAAAACACAAGCCUCGACAAUCCUGAGUUUCAGCAACUAACAAGGGCGGUGAAAGCAAUCUCUGAGGUGUCUCAGCGUAUUCAGGACAAUGCUCGAAGUCAUGAAAACCACCUGCAGAUGCACCGGGUGCAGAAAUUGCUAAAAGGACGAAAGACCAAGGUGUUGGCUCCAGGAAGGUGGUACAUCCGAGAAGGCUGGCUCCGUGCUGUGCCCAUUAAUGGCGAAGACGCCAAGCCUAAGAUGUUCUUCUUGUUCUCUGAUAUUCUGCUCAUGACCAAACCAUGUCACCCCCUUCAUCCCACCAACUCGGACAAAUUUGAAUGUCAGGCCCUCUACCAUCUGAAGGAAUGUGCUGUGGACAAAGUGUUUGGCCACACCAAGAGCCAAGGAGGCCUCAUCAGUUUAACCUUCGAGCGAGGCAAACUUCUGCUGAUGUCGAGUGACCAAGAGGACAUUAAUGACUGGUACCGGAGCCUGUCGUCUGCCAUCGGACAAUUGAAAUCUAGGAGCACAGUAGUGCACAAGAGAGACGACCUUUCUCGAAAACCACUACGAUCCAAUGAAGAGGAGACUAUUCCGAACAAGGAUGGACAUCCAUACAGAAGGAAGAGGAACAUGGUUGAAAGAGAGGAGAAGGUACAAACUGUGAACCCCAACUCCCAGCUCUUCCUCCCUGGGAGCCACAGCACAGCAUCAAAGAGAAUGAAACUGGCAGAUACUCCCAAGGAAAGUCCUGAAGAACCACAACACACAGGGUCCACCUGUGUAAUUUUAUAAAAGAAGCACAACGUUGGAGGGAUGCAUCUUACAAUUAUUACUGAGCAAAUAACAUUACGUUGUAGAGCGAGAACAAAUACUAGGUUACAUGUGCAUUUGUUGUUUUUUUUGGUCUUUUUUAUUUUUUAUUUUGCUAUAUAUCAAAUGAAUGGAUCUGUCACAGUGGCUUUAGACUGUUUUCAGUCAUUUUAAUAACAGAAAGCUAACAGUUUCGAAGUGGACCACUUUGAAUGUAAAACUCUGUUUUAAAAAAAAAAACCUUAACAUUCCAAAGAGAUGAGGCUAAAUGUUACAUUGGUGCAUGAUUGCUACUGAUUUUAUUAAAUGUAUAUAUAUUUUAGGUCUAUAUUACAAAGAAAAAUUAGAUUAUCAUACCAAAAGAAUGGCAUUUAUAUUUGUUGUGCAAUUAUUUGACAGCAUUUUUAAGUUGUAUCCAUAUAAUUCCAAUAACACAAAUUCCUUCCAGUGUUCAUGGGUGAUGUAUUGUAUUGCUAAUAAUGUCAUCAGUAAAAGGUAAUUUAAAUGACACAGGGAGGUGGCAAGUGCAAUAUAAGAUAUAAACACAUUGGUCUCUUCUAGGAAAGAUUAAGUGAUAUAUAUAUAAAAACUACUGGUGUAUCUUUGUUUCUUUUACUUUACAUUAAGUUUAAGAUAAAACAUGUCACAAUUAAGUGUUACAAUGAAGGAUUGAUUACAUCAUGUGAAUUAAAAGUUUAGUUGUUUUAUGUAAACUUUAUUGAUUUUUUUAAAUAAUUCAUCUGUUCUAAAGAAUCAUGAAGCUGAUUUGAUUAAACUUCAUACUAUAUCAUCAUUGACGUUCUCAUGAAAGAUAGUAUUUCUGUAUUGUACACUCAAAUAAUUAAAAACAAAUUAAUCUGUUUAUCUCUACAUUCAAUAAUCUGCCAUUUCACUUUGUAUUUUAUUAGGCUCCUGUCAAGUCUGUUUUAUGUUUUAAUGUAUGUUUAAUGCAUAUUUUCCUGUUAUCACACCUAAUGAUGUUUAUAUGAGUAAGGUUGCUCUGACAAUUUUCAGGAUAUUCAUGAAUAAUGAUUAAAUGGGAGUGGCUUUC